AUGGAGCUCAAUAGCAUUGGGAGAUCCAACAAACUUUUGCAGACUGCUUCUCCAGACGAGGCAGCAGAACCAAAGGCUUCAGGUCACGUUCCUGAACGAAGCAGCGUGUCUCGUGUUGAGGCCGACAGUCAAGCCAAGCCAGAGAUUCCGGCGCCAAGGAGAGUUGUCUCGGUAAAGAUCGCAGCUGGUGGCGCCAUUGACCGCGUCGAGUUCCAAUACAGUGAUGGGUCCAAGUGGUCUCUCGGUGGGCCUGGAGGAGACAAGGGCAUUCCGCCCCUCGUCCUCGCUGACGAUGAGUACAUCGAGGAGGUGCGUCACGAGAGUCUUCCGCAGUGGUGGUACGUAGGAUCCUCCUUGGAAUUCCGCACGAACAAGGGCAAGGUCUUCCGCCACGUGGCCGGUUGGGGAAGUGGAGAGGAAGAAGACAUGGUGUGCUUCAAAUCGCAGCCUGGCAAGUGCAUUACACGCUUGCUCCUGCACGAUGGUGAGCUCCGAGGCAUCAUCGAAGACGACUGUCACGUGCCACAGGGCACCGAGUUGGAGAUGUUUAUGGCCUACUGGACCCAGCCGCAGGGAGACGGAGAUGGCACCAGUGUGAGAGAGGUCUACUGCCCAAAAGGGCAUGCCAUGCGGCAGGACUGGUCCCGAACUGGGCACAUAUGCGACGAGUGUUCGCGACGUGGCACGGCUGCUCGAUGUGGAGGAGGUUGUGAUUAUGAUUUGUGCGACAUCUGCUACAAACACCACGCCGAGGGCUGGGCAUCUGCAGUGCAGAAGAGGGGCUUCUCGAGUCGAGAUGCAGCAAUGAGCUUUGCAAGCCGCCACGGAGCGCCAUUGGGUGGUGUGCUUGUCCUGGGCCCUGUACGGCUGGAAAUGGAGGACCACCCUUGGCUAGACGGCUGGAGAGAGCUGCGCGAGGCAUCGGCGGGAUGGUGCAGGCGACUGCGAGGUCUCGUCCAGCAGGCCCGAGGGAACUGCGGCCCUAUGUUGCCCACGGACCGGACGCAAGCCUCUGCAUCCGAUCCAGCGCCUGCUGGGCUGAUUGUUGAUGUCCGGCGAGGAACGCGAAUAAGGGCUUGGGGGCCACCAGACAGGUUGGCCAUGUGCGAGAAGGCUGCUGCCGAUGCUGGCGAGUUCAAUGUCAGCAAGUGGACAACCAAGAGCAGUUCGCUGAAGGGGAUGAUGGCCUGGGUGAGAAGGAAGAUCCGAGAACAAUCUUGUGUGCCUUGCCACCUCUUCCAUCAGAGUGAGCAAGCAGGACGGGACCUUUGGUGUGGAGAGUGUUGUCCCUUCUGGAUUGGCGAAGGCCAGGCGUAG